CAAUCUGCAAACGACUGGCUCACAGGUCACCUCGCCCGCCGCACCAAGAACUUGCGCAGUUAACUUCACAGCCGCUCAAUUUUACAGCGCAGAGCAGGAAGCAUCAGCUGCACGCCUCUCGCCUUGCUUGCCGCCUUCGCUCCUCUCUUCCCUAGCUCGUGCUAGCCCUUCUUGGCAAGAAACGGUUUGCUAUGGCCGUUCUUGCGCUCAGGCUUGGUUUCGUGGCUCCGCCUCAUCCUAGGACCAGCAGCGGCAGGUUCGCCUUCUCCCCCCCGUCCUCCCGCGCCGUCGCCAACGCGGGGGUAGCUGCAGGACCCUCGCGCCCGAUCACCGUCGACGGGGACCCGCCCACCGUCGUCUCCGCGCCCGGCCGCCGCAUUGUCGCCAUUGGCGAUGCCCACGGUGACCUCUCCCAGACGAGAGCCGCGCUGGUGCUCGCCGGCGUCCUGAGCACGGAAUCAGAGGGCCACGUGUGGACAGGCGGACGCACGAUACUUGUUCAAGUUGGUGACAUCCUUGAUCGUGGUGAAGAUGAAAUUGCCAUACUCUCACUGUUGAGCUCACUCAACAUGCAAGCCAAAUCUCAAGGCGGUGCUGUAUUCCAGGUUAACGGAAACCACGAAACUAUGAAUGUGGAAGGUGAUUUCCGGUACUGUGAUCCGGGAGGCUUUGAUGAGUGCAUGCGCUUCCUUGACUACUUGGAUGAAUGUGAUGGCAACUGGGAUAACGCAUUUCUCAACUGGGUAAAUGUCUGUGAAAGACGGAAGAAAGAGUAUGUAGCUUUGCCUAAUGGUGACUGGGGUCCUUGGAAUUUCGUCAAGAAGCAGAAAGGCUUUGCUGCAAGAUCAUCUCUUCUCAAGCGAGGUGGUCCGCUAGCUCAUGAAUUGGCUCGGCAUCCUGUUGUCCUCAAGAUCAAUGACUGGAUUUUUUGUCAUGGUGGCCUUCUUCCUCACCAUGUUGAAUAUGGGAUUGAGCGUAUGAACAGGGAGGUAUCAAUGUGGAUGAAAUGUUCAGGCGAAGACAGUGGUGACGAGACAGACAUCCCCUUCAUAGCUACUAGAGGUUAUGACAGCGUCGUGUGGAGUCGAAUGUACUCGCAAGACCCUGCCGAAAGAACACGACGCGCUUUGAUGCUAUCUUCUAUUGCUGCUGAACAAACGCUAGAAGCUGUAGGAGCCAAAGGGAUGGUUGUAGGGCACACACCACAGACGCAUGGGGUGACCUGUAAAUGUGAUGGCAAAGUCUGGUGCGUGGAUGUGGGCAUGUCCUGUGGUGUUCUUUGCUCAAGGCCAGAGGUCCUAGAAAUAGUCAAUGACAGACCAAGGGUUUUGAAGGAGCGGAGAGAAUUAUAUGAUGAGAUGGAAGUGUUGGACUAUUUGUAAAACCUUGAGAAACUUAUGUACAUAAUAGAAAACAUUAAUUGUCCUGAGAAUCAUCGUUUCAGACAAUUUGAGUGGGAAUACUGUACGCAACAUGCUACAGAGAGAGAGAUAUAAUCAGAAGGAAGGUUUUUUCACUAUGGUUACCGUUUGUCUGAAACCAGAUGCAAACAUAGAUCAAAAGCCCAAAGGCGCUUUAUUUGCCAUGGUAGACCAAAGUUUUAGUGGUGCUUAUUUGUAUCAGCAUUCAAACAUUGACUCUAGCCUUAUUAAGAGCUGUGGGCAUCAGGAACCGUGCAAGUUGUAGAAUGAGAUGGAGAACAAAUGAAUAUGCUGAGCUCUCAUGUAAAUUAGGUAUCUUCCUUUCACGUGUUACCGACAACAAAUUCGAAAAGAAUGAUUUGUAUAUGAUUUGAAGCGGUACUGUAACAACAUUACAACAAACGACAGAUGAACAUAUCAUGGAGCUCAUCUUUAUUUUGAUCGUUAACAAGUUUUUCGAUACAUUUUCUGGC